AUGGCAGCUCAAAAAGUCCUCAUUGUUGCUUCGGCUCUCUUCGUCCAGGUUGUUUUUGGUCAAGUCUAUAACGGCAACACCAUUGUGGAGAACAUUGUCUCGGGAAAUUCAGGUGCUGGCAACAUCAAUAUCGCUAACACUGGAAUUAAUUCCUAUGGAGUUGCUAAUACCGGAAUCGGCAGCGCCGGCAUGAUUAACACAGGAUUUGGAAGUGGUUUCGGUUUGCUUGGCACGGGCAUUGGCAGUGGCGUCAAUGUGAUUGGCGGUGGUAUUGGCAGUGGAGUCGGUUUGAUUGGUGGAGGUAUUGGCAGCGGCGUGGGCGUUAUUGGCGGUAACGCAGGUGUCGUCGGUUCUGCAUUGAAUGGCGUUACCUUCAACUUGAACGGUCUCACCGUCGGUUCGAGCAGCCCUCUGAUCGUCACAAACAUUUCUCCCAUUGGUCCUAGUGGUCUCGCUGUGGCGUCAGAGAACGUGAUCGACGGCACCUUGUUGGUGAGCGGUUCUCUGCCGUUCCUGAGCGCGGUGGCGUUCGAGGGUACAUUGCCGACGGCUGGCUCUGGCAUCGCCACGUGUGGGUGCGGUAAUGGUGCUGUCGGAAUCAUCAACGUUUAA